GCGGCCCGGAAGCGGAAACGGAAGCGGAGCGGGAGGGGCGGGCGGCCGGAAGCGGCGGUGUGAGGGGAGGAUGCCGCUGCCCGUCCAGGUCUUUAACCUGCAGGGUGCAGUAGAGCCCAUGCAGAUUGACGUAGAUCCACAAGAAGAUCAGCAAAAUUCACCUGAUAUCAACUAUGUGGUGGAGAACCCCACACUGGAUUUGGAGCAGUAUGCGUCCAGCUACAGUGGGCUGAUGCGAAUUGAGCGGCUGCAGUUCAUUGCUGAUCACUGCCCACAGCUGCGGGUGGAAGCUCUCAAGAUGGCUCUAUCAUUUGUCCAGAGAACUUUCAAUGUUGAUGUGUAUGAAGAAAUCCACAGAAAGCUGUCUGAGGCUACGAGAGAACUGCAAAAUACACCUGAUGCUGUCCCUGAUAGUGGAAUUGAACCCCCUCCUCUUGACACAGCUUGGGUUGAAGCUACACGCAAAAAAGCUCUUCUUAAACUGGAGAAACUUGACACAGAUCUGAAAAAUUACAAAGGGAACUCCAUCAAGGAGAGUAUCAGGAGAGGCCAUGAUGAUUUAGGUGAUCAUUACCUGGACUGUGGAGACCUCAGCAAUGCUUUAAAGUGUUACUCGAGAGCCCGUGAUUACUGCACCAGUGCUAAACACGUCAUCAACAUGUGUCUCAAUGUUAUCAAGGUCAGUGUCUACCUCCAGAACUGGUCUCAUGUUCUGAGCUAUGUAAGCAAGGCUGAGUCUACACCAGAAAUUGCAGAACAAAGAGGAGAAAGAGAUAGCCAGACACAAGCAAUUCUCACCAAACUGAAAUGUGCAGCAGGCUUGGCCGAACUAGCUGCCCGGAAGUACAAACAGGCAGCAAAGUGCUUCUUGUUGGCAUCAUUUGAUCAUUGUGAUUUCCCUGAGCUGUUAUCUCCCAGCAAUGUGGCUGUGUAUGGUGGGCUCUGUGCCCUUGCUACAUUUGACCGUCAGGAACUGCAAAGAAAUGUUAUCUCCAGUAGCUCCUUCAAAUUGUUUUUGGAGCUGGAGCCACAGGUUCGUGACAUCAUCUUCAAGUUUUAUGAAUCUAAAUAUGCUUCAUGCCUGAAGAUGCUGGAUGAGAUGAAGGACAACCUGCUGCUAGAUAUGUACCUUGCACCUCAUGUCAGGACACUUUAUACCCAGAUUCGAAAUCGUGCCCUUAUCCAGUACUUCAGCCCCUAUGUGUCAGCAGACAUGCGCAAGAUGGCCACUGCUUUUAACACCACAGUGGCUGCUCUGGAAGAUGAACUCACUCAGCUGAUCUUGGAGGGACUGAUAAAUGCCAGAAUAGACUCGCACAGUAAGAUUCUGUAUGCUCGAGAUGUAGAUCAGCGCAGCACAACUUUUGAGAAGUCUUUGCUAAUGGGCAAAGAGUUUCAGCGCCGUGCCAAAGCAAUGAUCCUGCGAGCCGCAGUCCUGCGCAACCAGAUACAUGUCAAGUCUCCUCCGAGGGAAGGUAGCCAAGGGGAGCUCACUCCAGCUAACAGCCAAUCCAGAAUGAGCACCAACAUGUGAAAAACUUCAUGCACUACCAAAAGAAAUGGUCCCUCAGGACUGUACCCAGUGUCUCACCCAGUAACUGCUGAGCUUCACAAACUGUCCCGAUCUCCCUCACUUCUUGCUCGGAUUGAGAGUCAGGGUUGGUGGUGGAUAAUACGAAUAUUUCAGUAACUUCAAUUUUCCUUGAAAAAAAAAAUCUUUUUAAAAGCAGCAUCCCUGCAAAAGGCUCAUCAUUUCAGUUUGGUAGAAAACCUUCACUCUCCUUCACUCCAUAAAGAGCUUUCAGGUUAUUCAUACA